CGCAUCUUGGGCAAGAGUAGGGAGCUGAGCUGAGAAUUGGGAGCUGGCUAGACAGGUCUGUGUGCUGCAGGCCCUGCAGGCAUUCGGCUGGCGGAACCUCGCGGGUCCAGAAGGUUGGGGCUAGGGAAGGCUGGUGACCUCGAGAACCCAUUAAGAGUCCAGUUUUUGGUGAAAAAACAUUGAGCUCAGAGCCAAGACCUACCUCCUUGUUAAUUUGAUAUUGUGCAAGUCACCUUACCUCUCUGGAUCUCAGCUGCCUCAUCUACAAAAAGGAGAUAAAAAAUUUUAAUCUAUAUGAAGAUGAGGUGGAGGACUGUGCUGCCGCGGUGCUGUUUUCUCUGGGUCCCGUGUCUACUUGCCGCCCUCGAAGCUGUGCCCAUAGACAUAGACAAGACGAAAGUAAAACACCCUCCCCCUGUGGACAGUGCGAAGAUAGAGCCACCAGACACUGGACUUUAUUAUGAUGAAUAUCUCAAGCAAGUGAUUGAUGUGUUGGAAACAGAUAAUCAUUUCAGAGAAAAGCUCCAGAAAGCAGACAUAGAAGAAAUAAAGAGUGGGAGGCUAAGCAAAGAGCUGGAUCUAGUCAGUCACCAUGUGAGGACAAAACUCGAUGAACUGAAAAGGCAGGAAGUUGGAAGGUUAAGAAUGCUAAUUAAAGCUAAAUUAGAUUCCCAUCAAGAUACAGGCAUGGAUCACCAUGCUCUGCUGAAGCAGUUUGAUCACCUAAACCACCUGAAUCCUGACAAGUUUGAAUCUACAGAUUUAGAUAUGCUGAUCAAAGCAGCUACUACUGAUCUGGAACACUACGAUAAGACUCGACAUGAAGAAUUUAAAAAAUAUGAAAUGAUGAAGGAACAUGAAAGGAGAGAAUAUUUAAAAACACUGAAUGAAGAAAAGAGAAAAGAAGAAGAAUCCAAAUUUGAAGAAAUGAGGAAAAAGCAUGAAAAUCACCCCAAAGUUAAUCACCCAGGCAGCAAAGACCAGCUGAAAGAGGUGUGGGAGCAGACUGAUGGGCUGGACCCUAAUGACUUCGACCCCAAGACAUUUUUCAAAUUACAUGAUGUCAAUAAUGAUGGCUUCCUUGAUGAACAAGAAUUAGAAGCCCUGUUUACCAAGGAGUUGGAGAAAGUGUAUGACCCCCACAAUGAAGAGGAUGAUAUGGUAGAAAUGGAGGAAGAAAGGCUUAGAAUGAGAGAACAUGUAAUGAAUGAGGUUGAUUCAAACAAAGACCGAUUGCUGACUCUAGAAGAGUUUUUGAAAGCUACAGAAAAAAAGGAAUUCUUGGAGCCCGAGAGCUGGGAGACAUUAGAUCAGCAACAGUUCUUCACAGAGGAAGAACUGAAAGAAUAUGAAAGUCUAAUCUCCAUACAAGAAAAUGAACUGAAGAAAAAAGCCGAUGAGCUUCAGAAACAGAAAGAAGAGCUACAGCGUCAGCAUGACCAGCUGGAGGCGCAGAAGCUGGAGUAUCACCAGGUUGUAUCGCGUUGUACAGCAAAUGGAACAAAAAAAAUUACAACAAGAAAUUUCUCCAUCAGGGCCUGGUGGACACUCGCAGCUCGAGCCACUCACUUAACAUCCGAAGUCCACCAGAACUUGGAAGAAAACUGUAAAAUCAACGUCCAUGUCAUCUUCUUAUCUCCCUUCCUCUUUCUCUACUCAAUAAAUAUUUUAAAGCAUAUAUGGAAUAAAGGAAGUGUGGCCUGGGCUUUGGAAGUUGCAAAAGAUCUCCAGGUGAUCCUAAUGUGAGGAUGAAUUUGGUAACUGCUGACAAAUCAUGUGGAAAACCGCAUCAACUGUUUUCAACAUCAGAGAAGCUGCCCUGGAAACCUGGGCAGAGGAAACAUGACUAAUGUUAUGAAGUUCUUCUACAAGCAUUUCGAUGUCACUCCAGAGGAUGUAUAGUUACGCACAUGCACACUCCAGUGCUUGUGUAAUAUGGAGAAAACAUUUAUUUCCACUUACAUUCAAGAACCAUUUAAUAUGGGACUAGGUGUAAGGACCCUGGCUCUGUCAUUUUCUAACUUCAGUUGACCCU